UUGUGCGCAUUUUAGCCCGUUUAAUGUUUCUUGGAAAAGGGUCCUGCGGAACUCUACGUACACAUUUCAAACAGGAAACCUCAUCUGACUAGAAAAAAGAAAAUCUAGCGGCUUUAUUUACCGUUUCAGAAUGCUGUCAAUGUUUAAAUCCAUCCCAACUCAUAUGGACUAUAAAGGACAGAAACUUGCAGAACAAAUUUUCCAAGGAAUCAUUCUAGUGUCAGCAGUGAUCGGAUUCAUCUAUGGUUUAACUAUUCAGCAGUUUGGGUGGACAGUUUACAUAAUGCUGGCCGGAUUCACAGUAUCCUGUCUGCUCACUCUGCCUCCCUGGCCGAUGUACAGGAGAAAUCCUCUGCAUUGGCAGCCAGUCGUACCUGAGACAUCUGGAGAGAACCGUGACAAACCUCAAGAGAACCUAAAGAAGAAAAAGCACAAGUGAUUCGUAGCAGUAUUUUAGUUUGGAUUUGGUAUAGUAAACCAUUACAGAUAUAGAGGAGAAACAUACAAAACCUACAUGAAAAUUCUGUCAUUUUGUCAUUGUUUGAAAAUUUACAAUACGUAAUAAAGGUGUCUAAUUUG